GGCCCCGCCGUUCCCGGUCCGGCCCCGCCGUUCUCGGUUCGAUUCCGCCGUCCGCGGUCCGGCCCCGCCGUUCUCGGUUCGGCCCCGCUGUUCCCGAUCCGGCCCCGCUGUUCCCGAUCCGGUCCUGCCGUUCUCGGUCCGGCCCCGCUGUUCCCGAUCCGGCCCCGCUGUUCCCGAUCUGGUCCCGCCGUUCUCGGUUCGGCCCCGCUGUUCCCGGUGCGGCCAUGGCGUCCCCGUCGCGGCGGCUGCAGACCAAGCCGGUGAUCACCUGUCUCAAGAGCGUCCUGCUCACCUACACCUUCGUCUUCUGGGUGUCGGGCAUUGUGCUGCUGGCCGUGGGCAUCUGGGGUCGGGUGAGCCUGGCCGUCUACUUCUCCCUGUUGGACGAGAAAGCCACCAAUGUCCCGUUCGUCCUGGUGGGCGCUGGCACCGUCGUUGUCCUCCUGGGCACCUUCGGCUGCUUCGCCACCUGCCGUGGCAGCACCUGGAUGCUCAAGCUGUAUGCCAUGCUCCUGUCCCUCAUCUUCCUCAUCGUCCUGGUGGCCGCCAUCGUGGGGUUCGUCUUCAGGCACGAGAUACAGACAAGCUUUGAGAGCAACCUGGAGCUGGCCUUGAAGGACUACAACGUGACAGCAGACCAGCACAGCAAGGCCGUGGACACCAUCCAGAGAACGCUGCACUGCUGCGGGGUGCAGAACUAUUCUGACUGGGAGAGGACUGAGUACUUCAGCCAGAGGGGCAUCCCCCACAGCUGUUGCAAGAACCAGAACGACUGCUCGGAGGAAGAUCUGAAAGACCCAAACAAGGCCAAGCUGAAAGUGUUUGUGGAUGGUUGUUUUUUCCUGGUGACGUCAACAAUGGAGUCCAAAAUGAGCGUUGUGGCCGGGAUCUCCUUUGGCAUAGCGUGUUUCCAGUUGAUCGGCAUCAUUCUCUCCUGCUGCCUGUCCCGGUACAUCACCAACAAUCAGUAUGAGAUGGUGUAGCUGGCCCCAGCACUCUGUGCCUGUGGCUGGGGAAUGGCUGGGGAGGACGCCUUCACCUCCAGUUUUCCUCUGGAUGCCACGUUGUGAAAUCUUGCUUUGAACUGACUGAUCUUCUUCUCAACUAGCUCAUAGAAAGGAGUGCAGCAGCUGUCCUGGUGCACUCAGGGACUUGUCCUGACACUACUCUGCUGUGCCACCGCCUGGGGUAAUGAUUGCUGUGCUGUGGUGGCUGCAGCCAGGGCGCUUGCCCCGGGUGCCACGCUGUGCUGAGCUGCUGUGCUGGUGGCCUCCGGUGUCCCAGUGCUCAUCUUCAGUGCCUCCACUGGGAAAGAGAUGCUCCCCUCCCUCGGGCAGCCCCCUGACAUCCCCUCACUCUC